CAUCGCAGUCAACAAACUGCUGUUAAGCUUCUCGAUUUGCUCAACAGCUACAAAACAUCGAAAGAAUUUCUUUUUCAGCUGGUUUUUGAGGACAUGGGAGUUUUUCUCCACUUGUUCUUUAUUUCUGUGGCUCUCUCCCACGGACAAGUUCUAUCCUGCCCAGAUGAUCAAUGCCGUAUAUUGGCAUUUCCAUCCACUUUGUUCUUCGUGGGAGAACGUCUUAUUAACCACACCAUAGCAAACAUCAGUGUGACUGACAGGGAUACGUGUGAAUAUCGUUGCUACUUGGACCACAACUGCGUCAGCGUUAACUUUUAUUUUGGAGAAAACGGUGCAGAACCACACAACUGUGAACUAAAUAACUCAACGAGUAAAGAGUAUGAUAACGAUCUGGUGAAAGCAGCGAACUACGUGUACCACGGAACCAAGAAUUUUUGCGCUCAAGCUCCAUGUAAAAAUUACGGCACCUGCCAGUCGGGAUUUACAAGAAAACGAUAUCGAUGUUUAUGUGCGUCUGGAUUCACUGGCCACGACUGUGAGGAAGACAUUGACGAGUGUUCUAAAAACAGCCAUAACUGCAGCUACACAACUGCUACUUGCACCAAUACCAAUGGAUCAUUCAAGUGCAUUUGUAAACCUGGAUUCAGUGGUGAUGGACACAACUGCACAGACAUCGAUGAAUGUGCCAACAAUACCCACAACUGCAGCAAGGAGAAUGCCACUUGUACAAACACCGCGGGGUCGCUCAACUGUGCUUGUAAUCCUGGAUUUAUUGGAGAUGGACACAUCUGCCAAGACAUCGGCGGAGAUGCUGAGAAUACCUCCAACAGUAGCAAUGAAAACGCUAUUUGCGAAAAUUCCGAUGGAUCUUCGAAGUGUAUAUGUAAACCUGGAUUCAGUGGGGAUGGACAUAAUUGUACAGACAUUGAUGAGUGUGCUCAGAAUACCCACAACUGCAGUAGGGACAAUGCCACUUGUACAAAUACAGAGGGAUUGUUCAACUGCUCUUGUAAUCCUGGAUUCAGCGGGGAUGGACACAACUGUGCAGACAUCGAUGAAUGCGCUACAAGUACCCACAACUGCAGCAGGGACAAUGCGACUUGUACAAAUACUAAUGGAUCGUUCAACUGCUCUUGUAGUCCUGGAUUCACCGGCGAUGGACACAACUGUAAAGACAUCGAUGAAUGCACUGUAGAUACCCACAACUGUAGCAGAAACAAUGCUACAUGCACAAAUACCGAGGGAUCGUUCAACUGCUACUGUAAGCAGGGAUUCACUAGAAAUGGACACAAAUGCCAAGCAUUCCAUGCCGUAUUUACAAACCUUGGUGCGAAUGGAAGUCAUGGUCCAUUAGCGUCAGAUAGUCCUUACGCAGGUCAGGAUAAUUACAGACAAGUUACGAUAACUAACGGUAUUCAACAGUGGACCGUGCCGUACACUGGUUACUACAGAAUAGAAGCCAUAGGAGCGACGGGAGGGUGUGAUGAUCGGUCCCCUUACAGUCCUCAGUGCGGAGGCAGAGGAGCAAAAAUGAUAGGAAAAUUCCGCUUGAAUAUGAGUGAAGUCAUACAAGUGCUUGUUGGCCAAGAAGGAGGGAGCAAUAUUAAAGCAUGGGGCCCAGGAGGCGGUGGAGGUACAUUUGUAGUGAGUGGAAAUUCCACGCCAUUGAUAAUAGCUGGUGGAGGUGGAGGAGGUGGGCUUGAAGAUAAGAAGAGACAUGGAAGAUGCAAUGCCAACACAAACAGAACAGGGAAUGCUAAUUAUAAGGGUGGCGAAGGUGGCAGAGGUGGAGGAGGUCGCGGAGGUGGCGGAGGCGGAUUUUACUCCAGUGGUGUAGGAGAUGGAGAUAGCGGUGGUAAGGGCUUUCUUGAGGGCGGAUCGGGCGGACAAGUUUUGUCCGAUUUUUCAAUGGCGGGAUUUGGUGGAUUUGGUGGUGGUGGGGCCCAUUCACCUUCUGGGCAUGGGGGAGGUGGUGGCGGAGGUUACUCCGGUGGAAGUGGUGGAAAGAAUUCCUGUGGUGGUGGGGGAAGAUCUUAUAAUGUCGGGAGCAAUCAACGAAAUAACUUGCGUAGCUGGACAUCUUCUGGUCAUGGUAUGGUAGAUAUUACGUUUUUGGGGAAUCAUUGA